GCCCUGUCCUGGAGGAAGCUGUACCUGAGCAGGGCCAAGCUCAAGGCCUCCAGCAGGACCUCAGCCCUCCUUUCGGGCUUCGCUAUGAAGUUUCCUCCUGGAGACUGCCCCAGCCUGACGUGCACUGGCCAUCACAGAUGGUCCUUCCCCCGCCCAGUAUUUUUGCUAUGCGGUUGGUUGCAUCUACAUAUUCAGAAGCCGUGGAUAUGAAGGCUGCACGGGGAAGCCGGCGUGUGCCCCCUCAAUUGAUUAGAUUAAUCUACCACUAUUCAAUCAGAUCGUUCUUCAGACUCGGGGCAGCUUGGGGGAAAUAAGUGACAGACGCAGAUCAUCAGAAAUCCCAGCUGAAUUGGGGCAGGGACACGGAGCAGUAAAAACCGCAGUUUGCUAGGCGGGGCCCCUUGUUUAUAUUAUGUAUUCCCUAAUUAGAAUUGCAAAGCUGUUCCUUUGUUCGAUAGCAAGCACUUAGGCCUAGCCAUUAGCUUAUUUCCUCAUGUUUAGCCUUCCCCUAACAGAGAACCAGUGAUCCGAGGCCCCUCAUAAAAUCUCUGCGUAAACACAGUGAAAAUGGCCUUUGGGCCUCUUCUCUGGAGGUAGAACACAACCACUCUUUGUAGACUGCAUCUCCUACCUUUUAUUCUACUUAGUUCCUUCUUGGAACCCUGUGUAGUUUGUGAUAUUCUUUUGUUGGGCCAUAUUCUUUGUGGUAGUAAGAGCCCACCCAGAGCCACAGGGGCACUGAGAAGAGACCACCCCUCAGUGUUGUAUUGUGACUACUGUCUUUUAGAUAUUUUUGACAGUGGCCCAGCCAUAGCAUUAUUGAGUUGCUAUUCAGCUCUGGUCCACUAGGACUGCCAUAUCCUCUUCUAUCUACCUAGUAUUCCAUCAUCAUUGAAGGUGAGGUGAAGGGAUAAGGUUCCCCAAGAGGCAGUAGUUGCUAAAAGUUAUGAAAUCCUCUUAUAUAUAUUUAAAAACAGAGAUGGCUGAUCUAGGAGGCAAACACUGUGGGUGGAAAAACCUUCCCCAGUCUUUUUCUUUUUGCCUCCCUGCCCCCUUCUUUGACUAGUCUGGCUUCUUUGGCUGCCCGGGAGAAGGUGCUUGGCUCCCCUGCAGUCCUUGCUGGGCCUGGACUAAACCCUCCCCUGGGGUGAGGGGCGGGGAGGGGAUCCACAGUGCUGGGGGCAGGUGGGGGCCCGGGAGGGCACCACUGGGUGUGGCCUUGGUCUGACUGCAGGGGGAGUGCGGGAAGGGCACGCUGUGAAAACCCCUUGGGUGCAUGGUGAGCAGGCGGCAGUGGCUGUAGGCACCGCCUGCCGCAGAGGUAAGCUGGGGCUUCCGGUUCCCUCUUUGGGGCUUUUUCUUCCUUUCAUUUAAAAAUAAUUUUUAUUUCACCAAAGCGUAGUACAGGAACAUAGUUUUAAAAAUGCUUAUAACAAACCCUGGCAGCCCUGGAGGGAGGGCACUGGGCUGCGGCUGCAGGGUUCCAGAUGACACACAGAGGCCACGGUGCUCGGCGCGUCCGUUUCAGGCCUCACCCGCUGGUGUCCCCUGCCCGCGGCUGCCGAUUUCUCUCCCUCGGCCCAGCCCCGGCUCCUUCCCACGGCUGCUCCCCUCGCCUCACCCCGCUUUCCUGGCCUUCGGAGACGCAGCUCUCCCCCAGCUUCUGGCCUCAGCUGCGAGAUGCCCCGUGUGGUCUGUACGAGGCCGUCCGGGGGUGCAGCUCCGAGUCCGGGGACCAUUAAGAGUCUCCCUUUUUACCUUUCAAAAGGUCAGUUUUUAUUUUUUGAAAAACAGCCAUUUUUUUGCAGCUAAGCCAGCUUCAGCCUAGCUGUGACAUCAGCAAAGCUGCGCAGACCACGCCCAGGGCGGUGGGCCUGUGCCCUGGGUGCUAGCUGGCACCGCAGAGGCGUCCCCGCUUCUGGGUCUAGGAAGGCACCUGGGGGUGAUCACCUGUGCGUCCUUACUUUCUUCUGUACUUUAGAUUUUUCCUUAGUGUGAUCUUCUUUAGCUAGACAGAAAAAGGAAAGUUUGAAAUAUUUAAGUAUCAAGAACAGGUUCUCUGGUCUUCAAGGGCCCAGAACAUGGGUGAGUCCCCAGGUAGGUAAGUCCGUGGGUGCCCGCAGCCCUCCACACUGCCUGGCAGGUGGCCGUGGUGGGGGUGCAGCCUGCCCUGCCCUCCCCGCCCAGCCCCGCUCUUCCUGGCAGGUGGCCAUGGUGGAGGUGCAGCUGGAGACGCAGUACCAGUACCCGCGGCCGCUGCUCAUCGCCUUCAGCGCCUGCACCACGGUGCUGGUGGCCGUGCACCUGUUUGCCCUGCUCAUCAGCACGUGCAUCCUGCCCAACGUGGAGGCCGUGAGCAACAUCCACAACCUCAACUCCAUCAGCGAGUCGCCGCACGAGCGCAUGCACCCCUACAUAGAGCUGGCCUGGGGCUUCUCCACCGUGCUGGGCAUCCUGCUCUUCCUGGCCGAGGUGGUGCUGCUCUGCUGGAUCAAGUUCCUCCCCGUGGACGCCAGGCGCCCGCCUGGCCCCGGCAGCCACACGGGCUGGCAGGCCGCCCUGGUGUCCACCAUCAUCAUGGUGCCCGUGGGCCUCAUCUUCGUGGUCUUCACCAUCCACUUCUACCGCUCGCUGGUGCGCCACAAGACGGAGCGCCACAACCGCGAGAUCGAGGAGCUGCACAAGCUCAAGGUGCAGCUGGACGGGCACGAGCGCAGCCUGCAGGUCGUGUGAGUGGCUGGGCCAGUGCCUGGCAGCCAAAUGAAAACUGCUUGCUUUGGGGAGACUCAACAAUGCAAACCGCUCCCCAGGCUGCUUAGACACUGCCAGAUGGUUCAAGACCAAAGUUCUACUCCUGUCUUAAUGUAACAACCCGGAUGAUUUUCCCUGAGAUGGAACGUCUGGUAGUUAACCAAGACAC